AUGGACGGCCUCGUGACCACGUUUAAAAAACUUCGCGAGCGCGUGUCGCCGCUCAAGGAAGUGAGUGAAAACACGUCCAACUUGGCAGAAAUCCACGGAAAACGCCAGAGCCUGGAUCCCUUUGAUGAUAGAGCAUCGAAGAAGAAACCCAGGGUGGAACGCAAGGAGGCGACGUUUAUACGCGACGAGAACUUGAAAUUGAUGAAACCAAAGGAGGCUCGGGAGUCUAAGGAGCUGAAGGAAAAGAGGGAAGGCAAGGCUAAAAAGGAAAAUAGGGAAAACAAGGAAAACAGGGAAGGCAAGGAGCUUAAAGAGUCAAGAUACGAGGAGGACGACGAGAACGUGACUUUGGAGGUGCUUGAGGAGAUGCAUAAGCUUGAGGAGUCGUUCCCUGUUUUGGCUGAGAAGUACAGACUCAUUGACAAAAUCGGUGAAGGUACAUUCUCCACAGUCUACAAAGCAGAGGCCAUGAACGGGGCUGUCUUGCUAGGUUCGCAGAUGUGGAAGCUGCCGCCGCUUCAGAAAGUGCUGUCCAAGAAAGGCAGCAAGAAGCAGAAGAACCCAUUGGUUGCCUUGAAGCAGAUCUACGUCACAUCCUCUCCAAACAGAAUCUACAACGAGCUCAAUCUUCUUUAUAUGCUCAGUGGAAACUCACAUGUCGCUCCAUUGCUUGACAUUCUACGUCUUCACGACCAGGUCUUGGCCAUUCUUCCGUACUACCAGCACGCUGACUUCAGAGACUUCUAUAGAGAUAUCCCCAUCAAGGGAAUCAAGAAGUACAUGUGGGAGCUCUUCCAAGGCCUUGAAUUUGUCCACAGCAAGGGCAUCAUGCAUCGUGAUUUGAAGCCUACCAACUUCUUGUACGACCCGUUCAAAGGAAAAGGAGUCUUGGUUGAUUUCGGUUUGGCAGAGAAGAUGCCUCUGUCGUACUCACUGAGCAACACUCGAUCCUCCAACACAUGUCCCUGUCUUUCCAAAGACAAGUCUAUUGCACGUACGCAUUCCAAGCGUCUAAACAUCAAAGCAGCAUAUCCAAAGUUAGACCAACGUCCUCCUCGGCGGGCAAAUAGAGCGGGUACUAGAGGCUUCAGAGCACCUGAAGUUCUUCUCAAGUGCACCAACCAGACGACAAAGAUCGAUAUCUGGUCCGCUGGCGUGAUUGGCCUAUCAGUAUUGGCCCGCAAGUUUCCCCUUUUCAAUUCUCCUGACGACAUCGAUGCUUUGAUUGAGAUUCUCUUGAUAUUCGGCCAAGAGAAGCUUUCAAAGGCAGUCGAAUUGCACGGCUGUGGCUUGGAGGUUAAUUUGCAAUCAGCAGUUUCUUCCAGCUUCAAUGGCAACCUCAUCAAGUUCUUGUCGUCAAUCCUUCACCACGAAAAAGAAAACGAAAGUCUUCCGCCAGACAGUGUCAUUCACGACACAUUAGCAUACCUUGAUCCUAAGAAUCACGUUUUAUUGAAACCAACUCUUGAAACUGACGCCACUGACGCUCAAUACGAAGAAUACAAGCAGAAGCUUGAGGGCUACACUGACCUCAAGCACCUUCUACUGUUGCUCUACGGGUGCUUCAGCAUGGAUCCGCAGAAGCGACUCAGUGCUUCGCAAUUACUCAAAUUGCCGUUCUUCAGCGAAUUGAAGGUGCACAAGGAUGACGAGGUGGUACUUUAG